UUCUCUUCAGGUUUCUGACUUCAAGCAAAGCUGUAAAAUUGUCGAGGACAUUUUCGAUCACGUCUGAAAGUAUACCUCGGUCUUCUAAAGCUUUAGUUUAUUCAGAAUAUGGCGACCCAAGUAAGGUUAUCAGUCUACAGGAUUAUCCCUACCAGAAUUCAACAGAGAAAGUGUUUUUCUAAAAAUGUUGGCUUCACCUGUCAAUCCAGCUGAUCUGAAUGUGCUUCAAGGAUUGUAUCCCAUCAAACCUUCCCUCCCUGCAGUUGGUGGUAAUGAGGGUGUUGGGGAAGUGUUGGCAGUUGGUGAUGAUGUGAAGUCUGUCCGUGUUGGAGACUGGGUAUUAAUGGGAAAUGCAGGACUUGGUAGUUGGAUGGAGAUGAAGAUAUUGAAAGAGGAUGAUUGCAUCAAAAUUCCAGUAAAAAAUGGUCUUUCUAUGAAAGAUGCAGCCAUGUUGUCUAUAAAUCCCUGUACAGCUUACAGAAUGUUGAAAGAUUUUCAACCAUUGCAAGAAGGUGAUGUUGUGUUUCAAAAUGGAGCCAAUAGCGGGGUUGGUCUGUCUGUGAUACAGUUGGCUGCAGCUUGGGGGCUGGUUUCGUUGAAUGUUGUCAGAGAUCAUGAGAACAUUGAUGAGCUGAAGGAAACUCUGAUGAACCUUGGAGCAAACUACGUAUUUACUGAAGAAGAAUUUCAAAAUGUUGAUAAAAUAAAGGAUGUUUUAAAGAAACAUAAACCAUCCAGACUUGCGUUGAACUGUGUUGGUGGUAAAAGUUCCUUGCAGUUGCUUUGAUAUUUAAGCGAAUCUGGUUCUAUGGUCACGUACGGUGGGAUGUCGAAAAAACCUGUUGCUGUUUCCACGAGUGCCUUCAUUUUCAAAGACAUUCAACUUCACGGAUUCUGGAUGACGCGAUGGAAUCGUCAAAACUCAGACAACCCAGAAAGAAUGGCUAUGUUAAAAGAGUUAUGUGAAAUGUCGAUACGGGGUGGAAUGCGCUCUCCUGAGUGUAAAAUAUUUAAAUUUGUGGAUUAUAAAAACGCGUUGAACAAUUCUCUUUCGUCGUUCACGAAGAAAUCGUUGUUCGUAGUUGACAGCUGAAACAGACGAGUUUCAACGACAACAAGACAACGAAGUAAUCGUGAAGAAUUUACAUAUUGAAAUACAAAUCGUCUUUCUUCGCAUCCUGGAUAUCAAUUAUCCCUCAAGAAACUCCAAAGUCCUUCACCGUUCUUAACAUGAAGUAUUCCACUGGAAUGCUACGUGCAGAAAUAUUGAUUUCAUACAUUAUCACAAAGUGUAUUUCCACACUGUCAUUAUUGUGCCCGAAAUUUAUCUCUUUGUCUCUUGUUGUUUAUGCUUAUAUUUUCGCUUUUUAAAUUUCCCGCGCAAGCCACCCAAGCAAUGGAGGUAAAGGGAUAAAACCAUGACUAGCCGACAAUUUAAAAGAAUAUAUUAAAACAUGCUACUUGUUGCUGUAACAUGUUAAACUUUGUUUGUUAAAUUCUAUUACGUUUUUAUUAUGAUUGGGUGGUUUUUGUAAGGGUGCUCUAUUUAACAUUGAUCACAAUUUCUUCAGCUUAAUUGUUUAGUAUACCAAUAUUUAUAGAGAAAUUAGCAUUUCUUCUGCACCCCCAUCUAGCUUAAGCUAGGAGGACUGCACACCCCUAUCUUAUAUCCAUCUCUGAAUAAAGUUGUCAUUAAAUUUUUUAAAUGCAAAUAUGUGUACUGAGUUGCUGUAUUUUAUUCUGUAUAUUCUAUUGCAUGAAAUGCACACAUUCUAAAUUUAAAUUGUUUUGUGUUAAAGAUUUUUGUGCACCAUGUAAAUCUUUAAUGACAAAGACAUGUUUUUAGCCUUGUAACCAUUAAGAAAAUAUGAUAUUUAUUAUAUUGCUGUUA